UCAAAGUUGCGACCAUCACAUUUAUGCAUUUCGCAAGCAUUUCGCAAUACCUGUCAUGGCGACGACUACCCCCGUCCGGCCUGCAAUUGGCCGGAUAAUAGGCACUUCCGGGACUCAGAACGUCGCGAACCCUUCGUUUCUGGGCGUGCUUUUGAUCAAAGCUGCCACCCAAAGCUGCCCCUUCUCCACGACCCCGGAGCGAAACGAGCGACGGCCGCGCCGCGACAACAACCGAUUUCGCGGCCUGAGUGCCAUAUACAGAUCCGGCCCCCGGUUCCGUAUGAAUAUCGAGAAGCACCAGCUGCCGAAACCGGUGGACUACAAGCCCGAGAUCAAGGUCGACCCGAACCACGGGCUGUGGGACUUCUUCUACUCCAAGGAAAAGCUGCUGCUCACGCCCGACGAGGAGGCCGAGCACGGGCGCGGGUGGACUGUCGAGGAGCUACGACAUAAGAGCUGGGACGACCUGCACAAGCUCUGGUGGGUUUGCGUCAAGGAACAAAAUCGCAUCGCUACGGCGCGGAAGGAGAGGGCCCGGCUGAAGCUUAGAGACGGGGCGGACGUUGCGGAGGAGAGACUAACAGAGGUCCGCAAGACCAUGAAGUCGAUCAAGCAUACGCUGACGGAACGAUUCUACGUAUGGGAGGACGCGAGAAAGCUAGCUGAGACGGACCCUGAAAUCGAUCUAACUAACACGGAACGCCCCUAUAUCCCGAGUUCGUAUCUCGACGAGGAAGUACAGAGCGCAGCACCGGUAGAGGAGCAAAAGGAGGAGGUACAACAAGAAGCAUCAGAACAAGAGCAGCAGCAAGAAGAACCAGAAAAGCCGGUAGCUGAAACGGUCGACCCGUCUACUCUCCCACCUAGUGCUACAGAGCCUCAGCAGCCGUCGACGAGAGUAUGACGCUCCGGGUAUAUACCUAUCAUGUAUUGAUAUACCUAGUAUUAGCUCCAGCGAUGGAGUAACUUGUAAAUACUUAACCUAUGUUACAUUAAGCGAAAAGGGCUGCAACUUUGCAAGAUGUCGGGAGAUGUAAAUUGUAAGCCUACCAGGUAGGUAGGUAACUUGGUGUCCAAGUUAUUAUAGUUACGUGACUUAUAACUGAUGGUAAUUUACCUCCCUACCUAAGUUACCUAGGUACUAGGUAGGUACCUGUAUUAUAAUGAGAGGUACGAAGUAAGUAAAUUACUAUUAAUUACCUACUGAGCGUAC